GGUUGCAUGCAUUAUGUUGGAAAUAAAAUUCAACACAGUAUGUUACAUAUAAAUUGUCUGAUAAUUGAAUCGCAAAGAAUUUGCGAAUUGUACAGUCCGUACACAACCGUUGUUCUACAUUUCCCUAUCUACACUUAGUGAAAAUAAGCGAGGCGGAAGAUGAACGGGCAAAGCGAAUACUCAUCAUAUAAGGCACGGUUCUGGAAGGAGGUGUCAGUUGGAAAGUGCGAGCUCUCGUACGAAGAACGAGAAACGGAACGUUUCGGUCUGAGCGAUCGACAUGAAAUCGAAGCUGCGUUCUCUGUUCCUGCUCGCGCUCUUCUUUUCCGCGAACACGUCACUAGGAAAAGAGAAAUCACAAGACACACCGUGUAUCGACGAUAACAAGUUUUAUCGAAAUCCCAAUGCACCGGCGCAUAAUGUUUGGUCGCCUGCCGAAUGUGCCAAGUAUUAUCUUUGCUUAGAUAACGAAGUGUUUGAAUUCAGAUGCUCUCAGGGGUUGCUGUUCGAUGUUUCCAGACAAGUAUGUGAUUUCAAGGCGAACGUCGACAACUGCGAUGUAAUGUCAGAGUCGCAACCACCGAGACCGCUCCUCGAGGACGGUGAUUGCGGAGAGAAACAUUUAGCUUGCGGUGAUGGUACGUGCUUCCCAGCAACGUACUUCUGCGACGGAAGCGUUGAUUGUCCAGAUGGUUCCGACGAAGGCUGGUGCGAUAUUCAAGAUGAUCCAAAUGGCGCGCUACCUUGUAAUCCGGAGCAAUGUCUGUUGCCGAAUUGUUGGUGCUCCAAGGACGGAACGCAAAUUCCUGGAAAUUUGACGACAUCGAUGGUACCGCAAAUGAUAACAAUUACAUUUGAUGAUGCCGUAAACGCGGAGAAUUUUGAGGUUUUCUCUAAAAUAUUUUCAAACGAUAGAAAAAAUCCCAAUGGAUGUCCUAUUCGAGGAACUUUCUACGUCAGUCACCAGUAUACUAAUUAUAGAGACGUACAAUAUUUAUGGAACGUUGGACACGAAAUCGCCGCGCACUCCGUCACGCAUCGAGGACCGGAAGAUUGGUGGUCGAGAAAUGCCACCAUCGAGGACUGGUUCGACGAAAUGGUCGGAGUGGCGAAUAUUAUUAAUAAAUAUGCUGCAGUUCGUUUAGAAGAUAUUAAAGGUUUGAGAACACCAUUUUUACGAGUUGGUUGGAAUCGACAGUUUUUAAUGAUGUCAGAGUUUGGAUUUGUCUACGACUCGUCCAUGUUAGCACCGUUUUCCAAUGUACCUGUAUGGCCUUACACAUUGGACUACAGACCUCCGCACAAUUGCGUAGGUCUCGAGCAACUUUGCCCAACUCGUGCGUAUCCAGGUGUUUGGGAACUACCAAUAAAUCAACUUUUGGCAGGUCAAUACACUUGCGCAAGAAUGGAUUCGUGCCCUUCGAACUUGUUAGGUGAAGAUGUAUACAAAAUAUUGAUGCUGAAUUUUAAAAAACAUUACCUUAGCAACCGUGCGCCUCUGGGUCUACAUUUUCAUGCAUCUUGGUUCCAAAAUCCGUCGUACUUUUACGCAUUUAGUAAAUUUAUGGACGACGUACUGCGAUUGAACGACGUCUACUUCAUAACGACUUAUCAGGUAAUCGAAUGGAUGCGUAAACCAACAUCCUUAAAUGCAAUUGAAACGUUUAAGCCAUGGCAAUGUAACUGGCGAAAAUUCCAGCCGUUCGAAAUCGCUUGCAAUUUACCGAAUACUUGCAAAUUACCGAGUAGAGUUCUUAAAUCGUAUCGCUAUUUACAUACAUGUUUUGACUGUCCCAAAGAGUAUCCUUGGUUGAGGAAUGAAUUUGGAAUGGAAUAAUACCAAUGUUGUGUACAAAGCAACGUUAUUACUAAAGACAAAUUACUAAAUUAUUUAUUUAAAAGAACACACAUUUGUAUUUUUUUUAUGAAAACCAUGUUUAUUUGCUAUAUAUCUUGACAUAGUUUACAAUGUAAAAUAAGUUAUAUUUAAUUACAUUAUAAAAAAUUAAUUGAAA